AUGGCUAAGAACAAAGGCAAACGUAAGGUGUUAACCCAGAAGCAUGUCUGCUCCCGCAUGAAUUUCCUUUACCAAGCGUCGCAGCUAAUGGCGCACAGCCAACAAAACACACUGGCCGCUUACUAUGGAAAGCUCUGCCGCAACGUGGGCACCAAGGCGCUAAUGCACAUCGCACCUGACUUAAAACGCACGCUAUGUAAGCGCUGCUCUCUGCCGCUUCUACCAGGCGUCAACACAACGCUACAACUGCAAACAGAGCCAAAGAAGCAGCCUGAAGAGCCGCCUACAACAACAGAUGCUAAGCCUAAACGUAAGCGUCGCUGUCGUCGGCUGCCUAAGCACAAGCAAAAUAAGUCCGGAAAGACUUCGCAGUCAGUGCAAGAUGAGCAUGCCAAGCUGCAGUUGGAGUGCUGCUUGUGUCAUGCACAACGUCACUUCCAAGUCAACACUGAGCGAGAAUGCUGGUCGGAGCGCGCAGAAGCCAUCGCUCAAGUAGUUUCGCUACAAGAGCAAGAUAAUGCAGACGAGCAAGAGCAAUUGUGAUAAGCGUUGGCGCUUAUCA